AUGAAGAUUGCACAUAUAUCUAUAUUAUUAUUAGUCUUCUUAGUGACAUUAAUUUCUGCUGGUCGAGAUUUUUAUAAAAUUUUAAAUUUACCAAAAACAGCAACAUUAAAUCAAAUAAAAAAAUCUUAUCGAAAAUUAGCAAAAGAAUUACAUCCGGAUAAGAAUAAAAAUGAUCCAAAAGCACAAGAACGUUUUCAAGAUUUGGGUGCUGCCUAUGAAGCAUUAUCUGAUCCUGACAAACGUAAAAUAUAUGACAAACAUGGUGAAGAAGGUUUAAAACAACAAAGUGGUGCAGAUUCAUUUCAUGAUCCAUUUUCAAGUUUUUUUGGUGAUUUUUUUAAUUUUGGUGGUGGAUCAAGAGACGAUGGACAUAAUCAUGUUCCACGUGGUGGAGAUUUAGUUAUGGAUUUAUAUGUAACACUUGAAGAAGUGUAUAAUGGAAAUUUUAUUGAAGUGGUUCGAGCUAAACCAGUUGCAAGAACAACAAGUGGCUCAAGAAAAUGUAAUUGUCGAAUGGAAAUGCGAACAACACAAAUGGGUCCUGGACGAUUUCAAAUGAUGCAAGAACAAGUAUGCGAUGAAUGUCCAAAUAUCAAAUUUGUCACUGAAGAAAAAGUAUUAGAAAUUGAAGUUGAACCAGGUGUAUCUGAUGGAUAUGAAAUACCAUUUCAUGCUGAAGGUGAACCUCAUAUUGAGGGUGAACCAGGAGAUCUGAAAUUUAUUAUUCGUAUUCAAAAACAUCCAUAUUUUGAACGUAAAAAAAAUGAUCUGUAUACAAAUUUAACAAUUACUCUUCAAGAUGCAUUAAAUGGAUUUAAUAUGUCAUUUCCUCAUCUUGAUGGACAUCAAGUAACAAUCAAUCGUGAAAAGAUAACAUGGCCAGGUGCUCGUAUUAAGAAAAAAGGCGAAGGCCUUCCACAACAUGAUCAAAAUACUAUUGUUGGUGAUCUUUAUGUUACUAUUGAUGUUGAUUUUCCAAAAGGUGAACUUAAUGAUGAACAACGUGAAGCCGUACGAACUUUAUUAAAUCAAGAAUCAAAACAUCGAUUGUAUAAUGGCUUUUAA